UGGGACGGAAGUUAUAUGAGAUCAAUUUGAGAGAAUACUUAAAUGAAAGAGGAGUAAAGAAUAGUUAACAAUUUUUUUUGUAAAAUAACGUAAUUAACGAAAUUUUCUUGUACAUUUAUCAGUAGGUAUUGACUAGUAUUUUUUUUUUCCUUUUCACUAAAGUAUAAAAGAUUCCUUCAGCUGGAAUAAAAUCUUAUUUUUGGAAUUACAAUUCUUUUACUGAAAGAUACGAUGUCUAUCUAAAAGUAACAGUCCUAGUUCAAGUAUAUAACUAUAGAAAGUGAAUAAUUGGAGAAUCAAUGUUAAUUAAGGUCUUCCUAAAAUCAAGAAAGUAGUCUCCUAGUCCUAGAGGGAAACAAAAAGACUACCUUUUCUAAGACCAAUACCAAAUAUAUUCUGGAUUUAAGAGUCAAAUAUUUUUAUGUAAAUACUUCUUACACUCUCAACUUAAACUCAAUAUAUAGCCGUAUAUGUAUUUUCUGCCGAUUUUUUCUUUAAAAAAGUUGGAAAUAAUGGAAGUAGUAGUAGAGGCUUCUCCUGACUUCAUUAGCAAUCUUCCUGAACACCUCUUAUGUUCAGUAAUCUCAUAUCUUCCUACAAAAGAAGCCGUAGCAACAAGCAUUUUUUCAAAACGUUGGAGAUUCCUCUGGAAGUUUUUAUCUCGCCUUUCGUUGAAUCUGCCACAAGAUCGAGUACUUGUCGACAAGAUUUUUUCAUCACAAGUUGGAAAAAAUCUCGAAUUUCUUCACAUGCAUAAUCUCCCACGAUAUUGGAAUACUUCAAAUAACAACAUGAAACGAUGGAUAAAGCAUCUUAAAAACAAAAAAAGACUCCAAGGGAUUUCAAUUUAUUGUGAUAAAAACAGUUACCAAUCGUCUUUACCAGGAAGCAUCUUCCAUGGUAGAUUUCUUCAAGUGGUGGAGCUAAAAGAAUAUGUGCUGUCCAAUGCUUCCCCCUUUAAAGGUUGUGUCAAUGUUAAAACCCUAAAACUCAUCGCUAUCCAUUUAAAGGAUGAAACCCUAAACGACAUCGUUCGUAAUUGUACCUCCUUGGAGAAUCUGUGCCUUCAUGCUUGUAGCAAGCUUAAUAUUGAUAUUCAGCAUAAGAAACUCAAGAUAAUAGAGAUUAAAGAUAUUGAUAUAAUGAAAUUUACUUUAGUAUCUGAAAGCCUGACUGAGUUGGUGUUUGAACCUAAUUCCUGUUACUCUUCCAAAAAAUCUCAUAUUGCCUGUCCAAACCUUCGGAUUCUCCGGACCAACAGCAAAGAGCUGCUCGAAUGGUGCACCAGUUUGAGGCCAUGUCGA